CUGAAUGUGUUUACCAGAUUUACCGGACUGUGGUAUUUAUAUAGCGAAUUGGUACAAAAUUCACAACCAAUUACCAUGAAACCAAGUACAAUGUUAUGUUUUACGUUCUUUGCUUAUCAAUAAUACUAACAAUGUAAUAAAACUAUAGUCAUUUGAAGCACAUAAAAUUAUAACAAUGGAUCACAUCCGACAGUUUGAUUGGUGCUCCACACCGGCUGAUGUCUAUUUUCUAACAGAAAAGGACCUGGACAAUUGUGUUACAGAGAGGAUCUUGCGUAAUAGAUAUUAUGAUCCCUUAAUAUCUAGUGAUUCUGAUGAAGACGAAAGAGAGAACAUAGAUUGGGAUAAAAUAUUUGAAAAGAAAAAAGAUAAUGAAAAACAAGCCCGUGUUUAUGUGCCUGCCCUACAUUCGUUACCACCUUAUCCAAAGAUAUCAGCCCUUACUAGUCAACAACACUACCAAUGCCUUAAGGUGCUGUGUCAAGAGAACCCUCACAUCAUGCCCAGUUUCUUCAUUCACAGACCAACGAAACUGGACUUGAAAGUGUUUGAGCAAGUAAAAGAGACCUAUGCAAAUGAACAAAAAGAAUACAUAGAUUGGGUAAAGGGUCUCUGGGCCACUAACCACUGUAUCCGUGCACUACGUCCCAAGCCUUCCGUCGAGAUGGUUUACGAAGCCGAAUUCAAAGUCACCGCUAAUAUGAUGCAGUCGUUCCCAAAGACCUACCACUUGGUGGGUCAAAUACCAUUGGAGAUUGCAAAUGGAAACUGUGAAAUUAUACAUCUUAAAGAUUUACAAACUGUAAACAUAUCUGAGCUGCCUGAAAUAAGAUACCCAGAUGAUAUAAAAAGUAAAUUUUCCAUCUUCAAACCAUACAAUGUGCCGGAACCAUGCUACAAGCACCCUUGUAGAUUUGUACUGCCUGGUGAGAAAUCGAUGACGACGCUACCGCUGGUGGAGAUACACCGGGAGCUGGCGCAGUACGCGGGCGAGCACGGCGCGCAGUUCGUGGCCGCGGAGGGCGCGCUGCGGAGCCUUGUGCGGACCGACCGCCGCUGGGCGCUGCCCCUCACCGUCUGCAGCACCAUCGGAGUCGACGGCGACGAAUCGAACGUGAUAGUACUAGGCAACGAAUUCUCACUCAACAGAGAGCCGGCCUGCGUCAGGACUUACAAAGCCUUCAAAUAUUUACUUGAGAACGCUUUGAAACAGCCGUCGACCCGGGCGCUCGGUCGUCAGGAACACGAGGUCCAGGGUUCGCUCGAGACCAGCUUCGAGGACGAGUCGGAGGACGGGUCGACCGCGGACAGCGAAGACGAGCAGCGGCUGGUCAUCGACACCGGUGACAUGGACACUGACAAGGAGCGCGACGAGAACGAGUUGGCAUCUCCGAAACGCAGCAGGAGGUCGGAGGGGGCGGACAGUGGGGGCGGGGGCCGAGGUGGGGGCGAGGACCAACCACAGCCGCCCAAUGACGAGCUAGGAGUAUACAGCUGCACUUGUGACGAAUCGAGCUCCGCCAGGCCUCCGCCGUGCUCCUUCAGGAAGUGGCAAAUCAAUAACAAGACUCACAAAGAAGUCCACAACAUUGUGGUUCAUUGCGAACAUAGAGUCAGGCACGGCUCGCAGGAGGUGGUGCUGGAGCCCAUACCGGAGUACCAGAUCGACGUGGGGGCCAGCCUGCAGGCCGCGCCCACCCGCGCCGCCCUGCUGCUGGCGCUGCUGCUGAGGCGAGACGCCGCCGCCCUGCUGAACGUCCGCGUGGAGGGUCCGACGGGGGACGUGGUGUGCGCCGAGCAGCUGUCCACUGAGCAGUUGUCCACCCAGCAGCUGUCCACCCAGCAGCCGAUCUGCCCCCGCCGUGACGUCAGCAACACGCUAGGCUGCGUACUGUCGCAGCUCACCGGUCUCCUGCCAGGCCACUACGUGCUCAAACACGAGCCGGAGCACGGUCGCAACGCGCUGCUGCUGGCGGCGGGCGCGGGCGGGGGCGGCGGCGGGGCGUCGGGGCGGGGGGCGCGGCUGGAGCUGCAGUUCGACUGCGCGCAGCUCGCGGAGCAGGACGAGGCCGGCGUCGCCAGGACCCCGCCCACUCUAGCGCCCAUACUGCUGCCCUACCACAAGUACCGCAAGAUCCUGCCGUGCGCCUUCACGCCCUUCCAGAACCAAGUAGCCCGGGAACCGCGCAAGCCCGUCGCCAGGCAGAAGACUCCGCCCCAAGCCAUCCAGUUGCACGGGGCAUCGGAGGAUGGCGCAGCUACUCGUAAGUGGCCGAAGAAAAAAAGGAAUAGGUCUCAAAGGAAAAAGAAAACGCCAAAAACUGAUUAUUAG